CCCUUCCGCACCUCACACCCCUCACACCCACUUCUCCAAUUCUUUCUCUCUAAAAAACUCUUCAAUUCUCUCUCUUCAUCUCCUUACGCCGUCCGUACAUCACCAUGAAGCAGCUGAUCCGCCGACUCUCCCGCGUCGCCGAUUCAUCGCAGUACUGCCUCCUGCGCUCCCCGGCCGACGCCUCCGCCCGCCCGCGCAGAAACGAGUCCUUCCGUGUAAAGCUCCGGCGCCGGACAUCAUCCGCUGGCGAGCCGGUGGUCCCCGAGGGCCACGUCCCGGUCUAUGUCGGCGAGGAGAUGGAGCGGUUCGUGGUCAGUGCCGAGCUCCUGAACCACCCGGUCUUCGUCGAGCUCCUCAACAAGUCGGCACAGGAGUACGGCUACGAGCAGAAGGGAGUCCUCCGGAUCCCAUGCCACGUGAUCGUCUUCGAGCGCGUGCUCGAGGCGCUCCGCCUCGGACAGGCCCCGUCGUGCGACCUGCACGACCUCCUCAACUCGAACUCCGUCGACCUGAGAUCCUGGUAGAUUUGGUAAUUCAGGGAAAUGUUUUGGCCUUUUAUGUAAAUACAUCGAUUAAAACGAAGCGACGCGAAGCGAUACGUUUUUUAUUUUAUUUUUUGUGGGGUGGGGUGUUGUUGUAAAGGGAAGAAAUACUAGUGAAAUGCUAGAAAUUACAGUCGUAGCAGAAUGGAAAAUAUUUGUACUUCUUUGUCCCAAAUUCUGUGUUCUGUUUCUUCUUGUCUUAAUUUUCUGCUUGUUUCCCAAGAAAAUAUGGGAUGGAAAAUGGUAAAGAAAAGAAAUCAUGUAGCUCUA